AUGCCUAAAGAUUGUAAUGAUCUUUGUGAAGAUGGCCAAACCAGUACAGGGGUGUAUGAUAUAUACCCCUACGGUACCUUAACCAUUCCUGUCAAUGUUUUCUGUGACAUGUCGACAAUGGGCGGGGGAUGGACGGUGAUUCAGAAACGCGUAGACGGAUCUGUGAGCUUUGACAGGAACUUGGAGGAAUAUAAGAAUGGUUUUGGUUCACCGGAACGGAAUGUCUGGAAUGGUACAACGCUUUAUGAAAUGUACGACGGAUUCUCUGUUUCCGAUGAAACAGGAAAAUAUCAACUCUUUCUUGCAGGACCUGCUACGGGGACCUUAGGAGACGCUAUGUUAGACACCGGGGUUUCUUCAGCUGAUCUGUCAGGGAUGUACUUCUCCACCCAGACAGAGAUAACGACGAGUGUAGCUGUAACUGUGCUGCUUACAGUCGCCGUAGAGGAGGUUGGUGGUUUAACGCCUGUCACCACACCUUCCUUAUAA